AAUUGAGUUAGUUACGCUGAUGCAUCAUCAACCAAUGAGGUGACACCAAAAGCAAAGCCAAUAGAAUAGGAGUCUCCACUUCAAGUUGCACCAAAAAAACAAGGUCAAAACUAAAAGGAAAUGUGAAGUUUCAUACCAUCAAGGAAUGGGAACCCAACACAAGAACGUGGAAUUUAAAAUUGAACAUUACAGAAAAAACAUCUCCAAAUCGAUCUACACCCUCUUAUAUAUUUAAAGAUGGUAGUACUAAUCUCUAAGGCAACAAACUGAACCAGAGCCAAUCCUUUUCUUCUCCCUUGUUUUGAACACCCUCUGUGGAUACCCUUUUGUUAAAGCCAAUUGUUUUCUCAGAUUUGAGGACAAGGAGGUGGUGGGGGAGGAGAUAAUACAGGGAGAAAAACAUAAUAGAGAGAAAAAUAAAAGCACAAACGUGAGGCUCUUGUUGAAACACACAAUUAGAUAUACCAGUUGUCAAUUUGUCAUAUCUGAAAUUUCUCAAGUUGUGUUUGUUUGUCGUAGAAUUGUAGGUUCAGCUGCAUCCUUAUAUUUUGGUUCACAUAUUCUCUCUCUCUCCCUCUCUCUCCUCUGUCUUAUAACUUUACCUUUCUAUCCUCAUGGAGUAGUAAAGAAGUAACUAAUCAACCACAAACCUAAACAACCCCUUUUGCCUAAAGCUCCUUCCUUUUCUCCAAUGGCAACCUGGGUUUUAUCAGAAUGUGGCUUAAGGCCUCUUCCACCAGUGUUUCCACGGUCAACAAGACCCAUUUCGUGCCAAAAACCUUCAAAGUCUAGAUUUUUAAGCACAAACAAGGGUGUGCCAGAUCUGAAUCUCCAAGCAAGAGGGUUAACAUGCUGUAGUUUUAGGGAUAGAAAGUGGGAAUUGGGAGUGAGUGCUCCACUGAAAGUUGCCACCAAUGAGGGAGAGGAAGAAGAGAGAACCAAUGGGGCUAAUAAUGGGGUUGGUGAGGAAGUUUCAGAAUUUGACCCUAGUGCACCACCACCCUUCAAAUUGGCAGAUAUUAGAGCUGCCAUUCCUAAACACUGUUGGGUGAAGGACCCUUGGAAGUCCAUGAGUUAUGUUGUUAGAGAUGUCAUUGUGGUUUUUGGGUUGGCUGCUGCUGCAGCUUAUCUCAACAAUUGGGUUGUUUGGCCUCUCUAUUGGGCUGCUCAGGGAACCAUGUUCUGGGCCCUCUUUGUUCUUGGUCAUGAUUGUGGUCAUGGAAGCUUUUCAAACAAUCCCAAGUUGAACAGUGUUGCUGGCCACUUGCUGCAUUCAUCAAUUCUAGUACCUUAUCAUGGAUGGAGAAUCAGUCAUAGAACACAUCAUCAAAACCAUGGCCAUGUCGAAAAUGAUGAAUCUUGGCACCCAUUGCCAGAGAAAAUUUUCAAGAGCUUGGAUAAUGUAACACGCAUUUUAAGAUUUACUCUACCUUUUCCAUUGCUUGCAUAUCCUAUCUACCUGUGGAGCAGGAGUCCCGGGAAGACUGGUUCUCACUUUAAUCCAGACAGUGACUUGUUUGUUCCCAGUGAGAGAAAAGAUGUUAUUACUUCAACAAUUUGUUGGACAGCUAUGGCUGCUUUGCUUGUUGGUCUGGGAUUUGUGAUGGGUCCAGUUCAAUUGCUUAAGCUUUAUGGCAUUCCCUAUGCGAUUUUUGUUAUGUGGUUGGAUUUGGUGACUUAUUUGCAUCACCAUGGCCAUGAAGACAAAUUACCUUGGUAUCGUGGAGAGGAAUGGAGCUACCUUAGGGGUGGCCUUACAACUAUUGAUCGUGACUACGGAUGGAUCAAUAACAUCCACCACGACAUUGGAACCCAUGUCAUUCAUCACCUCUUUCCUCAAAUACCACACUAUCACUUAAUAGAAGCAACUGAAGCAGCUAAGCCAGUUCUUGGUCAAUACUACCGCGAACCAAAGAAGUCUAGUCCUCUUCCAAUUUACCUCAUUGGAGAAUUGUUAAGAAGCAUGAAGAAAGACCAUUUUGUCAGUGACAGUGGCGAUAUUGUAUACUAUCAAACAGACCCUACACUUAGUAGCUCUUCCACAUCACAGUAAAUCAUCCAUUUUUUCCUCUUGAAGACAACAGAGAGGCCUCAGAAUUAUGCUGCAUAUGACACAAUUUCUGAACUUUGAAGAUUGUGUACUCUCAUUGAGUCUACUAGUUGAAUUGCUCAUGAGCGAAUGAAUGCAUGACAAAUUUGAUAUUGUAACUGAGUGCAUUUUAAAGCAUGAUCAGGGUGUAUAUGUAAUGUGCUCUCAUUGAAAAACAAGGAAUCUGUAAAUUGUUCAUUCUUGAUGAAGGGUGUGCUGUCUUCAUCGAUUUAAUUACAAUUUUUUGCUCAAACUCAAACACCAAUGUUGAAUGAUAGUAAUUGAUAGAAUUGUAGCAACUGAUGUCAUUUUCUUCUGCUUA